AUGACAGAGAAGCCGGAGGAAAGAGUAGAGAAAGAAGAAACUUUCAUAGCGCCGCAGGAGGUAGUAGGAAAUCGAGUAAGGAAUUGGGUUGAAAGCGGAGAGAAGUGGGGAGAAGGCUCGAGCGGAAAGGAAAGAACACAAGAACCGAAACAAGAAAAAGUGACAGAGAAGGGAAGAAGAGGAAGACCAACGAAGGCGGAGAGUAUUGGUAGAGGAAGAAGGGAUAGUAGCGGUAGUAUUGUAUCGCUGCUAUCAAAGAGGGAUCGAAGAAGUGACUCCGGUAGUGGGGAGGAAGGAGACGAAGAGAAGAACCGACGUUUGAAACGCGCGAAGGCUGCAACGACAAGCACGACGGAGGAAAACACAAAUAAAGAAAUGGAAAUGGAAAAGAUAGAGGAGAUAAUGAGAAAGCAAAAGGAGGAUAUAAUACGAGAAAUGAAAACAAUGCUAAUAACACAGCGAGAAGAAAUGGUGAAAGAGCUAAAGAAAGAGUUAAGGGAAGAAGUAAGAAUAGAAGUAAAGAAAGAGAUGAAGAAAGAAAUAGAGAGAGUUAGAGAAGAGGAGAAGAAUGCGAGGAAAAGGUUAGAGGGAGAGAUAGAGAAAAUGCGAAAGAUUAUAGAAGACUCGGAGAAGAGGAGGCGAGAUCAAGAGAGUAGAGAAAGAAGAUUAAACAUUGUAGUGAGAGGGGAAAAAAUAGAGGGGGGGAAAGUGAUAGAUGCAGUGAGAAGUGUGUGGGAGAGAAUGGGAAUGAAAGAUAAGGGUAUAAAAGUGAAAGAAGCGUUUAAACUUAAAAGUAGAGAAGAUGAUAGUUUAAUUUUGGUAAAACUGUAUAGUAUGGACGAAAAACGAAUGAUAAUGGAGAAUAAAUUUAAGUUAAAGGGUACAAAUGUGUUUGUGGAUGAUGAUAUGACAAAGAGUGAAAGAGACAGACAAAGGGCGAUGAGAAUGUGGGCAAAGAUAGAGAGAGCGAAAGGGAUGAAUGUAAAGAUUGGGUUUGGAAGAGCAUGGAUGAAUGGAAGAGAGUAUGUAUGGAAUGAAGAGAGAAAAUGUAUGAGUGAAAAGAAUUUUUAG